CGUAGAUCUCUUAAGGUUUUAUGACGCCGACCAAGAGCUUGGUACCAUGAAAAACCUGCCUCAACUCGAGCUACCAAAAUACAUCAUCCGAGUCCGGAGUAGAGAAGCGCCAUGACACAUCUAGUCCUGCCAAAAGAAUAUCAGCCAGCUCUUCCGGAUACCAAUGAAAUCCGAUAGUCAUUAUCAUUUAACGAUCCAUCAUCAAUCGUCUAACAAGCAUUCCAUAAUCAAAGCCCCUUUCUCGGGGGUCAUCGAAAUGUCACUGACGAUGUACUUACAUAAGCAGAGCUUACCCCAGCAACCAAGCCACUAUGCCGCAUCAGGAAAGGCAUCAAUAGGCCAGUAAGCAUCAGUGGCCUCCGCGGAAUCUCGCCGGAGCUUCUGUACUUGCCAAUCUUGACCACAUUCUUCAGUAUACGCGGGCGCUAGGCUCAUAGAGCCUCUGGAACCAAUUCGAUUUGAAAGACUCGACUCUCCCGACUUGCCGCCAUCAUGCAAUCUCCAUCCUCGCCUGUCGUUGCGACCGGCAACACAACCCCUGGAAGAUGGAAUUCGAGACCGACAACCAGAACACGCACGGCCGCACAGAGAAAAGUCUACGGAAAGCGAAAAGCGGAUGCUCCCCGAGCAGUUUUCGACCAGCGAAGCCCGGCCAAGUCCCUGGAAAAGGAAGACAGAAAGGUGGUUCAAGAGGCUGUGGAUGGUCUACGGGAGAAGUUGGCCGUGGUUACGAUAGAGGAGGAAUAUGCGGCUCAGGAACCAGAUGUCCCCGAACACCAAGAAACGAGAGUUGGAGAGGAAGAGCGAAGUGAAAUAAAGGUCAUUCAAACAGACGAAUUGAAGCAUGAAGAACCUGCGCCGGAAGCGACACAUACCCCGGAUCGUGAACCCCAAGACGAGCAGAUCCCGGCCGAGGAGUCUUCUUCAGGGUCCGACCCCAAGGAAGAGACAAAGUACGAGACAAUGGUCGAAGUGAGAAUAAGCCCGAAGGUAGCUAUCGACAGACCCCGAAGACGGAAACAGGCUCCCGAAGGCACCACCGAGGGCGGUCGACGAUCAACAAGGAAGGAUAAGCCAGCGCCCCGAGUAUCGUCCGGAUGUGUGACGGAUGAGAAAGCAAAUUCCUACGUUCAGUCGAUUCUAAAUGAAGCGCUAUCGCCGGUUGCCGCACAGAGCGUCCAAAAGUUUGGGUCAUGGGCCGCCCGUGCUGGUAACUUGCUCGAGGUGGUGAAAAUCGCAGAGGGUUCCUACGGAGAAGUCUACAAACUACGUCUACGGGAAGAGUUGUGCAAGAAGGAAAUGUCCAAAUCCAAGCUCGCACGUUUGAAGGCCUACGGCGAUGGCGUGUUCAAGGUGGUCCCUCUGCGCGCUCAGAGCGGCCCUGGUUCGAAGAAGUUUACGAGUAUCGAAGAAAUCGUGUCGGAGGUCAAAAUGCUCAAGUACCUGGACCCAAUUCCUGGGUUUGCUCGCUUCCGGGAGAUUCACGUCGUUCAGGGACGGUUCCCCGAAUCCUUCCAAAAGGCAUGGGAUCACUACAAAAGGACCAAGGACGACUGUUUGAACCCGAACCCGUCCAGCAAACGAGCUUACCCUGACUCGCAACUCUGGGCGAUCAUCGAAAUGGACGACGCUGGCUGCGAGCUGGAAAAGUUCGCCUGGUCAUCAAUCUUUCAGAUCUAUGACAUCUUCUGGGGAGUCGCGAUGGCACUUGCGCGAGCCGAAGAGUAUGCAUUGUUCGAGCACCGAGAUCUCCACCUCGGUAACGUCUGCAUACGAAGUACCCGCCCCGAAGGCCACAUGGAUCCGCCCACCGACCACGAAAUCAUAAGUCAGUCAUUUACCAGCGGUUUCGGGCUCAGCACGUUAGAAACCACCAUCAUCGACUACUCCCUUUCCCGCGCUGAGCUACGGAUCGGCGAAGAAACCGAGCUCGUCGAAGUCGCCUCUUCCGACCUCGACAAGAAACAAAUCUUCGACGCCAUCGGUCGAGAUGAAGACGAAAUCAUGCUACGAAACACCUACAGACACAUGCGCGCCCAACUCUACCACGGCGACCCCCUUCAAACCGAAAAAUGCCCCGACAUCCCCGGCAUCUGGACCGAAUACGCCCCACGAACCAACCUCGUCUGGCUCAUCUUUCUUCUCAAAUCCCUCCUUAAGAACAGGAAGAGCGAGCCAACAACCUCAACACCGUCAACCCCCAGACAACCUCUUGCACCAUGCUCCCCUAACAAGACCAUUACGAAGCUUGCAUUGGGAAAGAAGCAAGAAUACAACAAGCCGCGAGUCACGGCCGCGACUCAGGAAUAUAUCGCGCAGUUGAAGAGGACGUUGGAAGAUCGAUUGCAUACUGUUUUGGAACUGCUGGAUUUGGAGAAUGGACAUGAGGAUAUGUGCUGUGCGGCGGAUUUGGUGGCGUAUGCCAUUGAUACGCAGUGGUUGGGAGAGGAGGAUUUCUUUUGAUGCAUAUGAAAUUGGGGUUGGUUUUGCUGUAUUGCAUUGCGAGGUGUUGGGGAUUGAUUCAGGCUCUGCAUUGGUUAGACUGGCGGGUGUUUGGGUUGCUUAUAAUUAUAUAUUUAAUUGCAUAUUCCACUG